CUGCAGGAGGAUACUUGGACUUCCAGCAGUAUUUUAAGUCGGACCACAGGGGACUCUGGAUUGACAUUGACCUGGAGGCGACUCUUGGGGCUCCACCGGUCAACUCCCCCUCCUUCCACCCACGUCGUCUGACAUUGGCUGAUGGCCGUUCUGUUGACCGCUAUAUCAAAGCUGCUGAAGCGGGCUAUCGUCACUUUCGCCUUCCUCAACUAUUGACACAAUUAGCGGAUGAUAUUUUGGUCCAGGAUGGCUACUUGACGGCAAACCAGCAAGAUCGAUUCAACACAAUUCAUCGCCAGGCCUGCGAGAUUCGCCGAAGAGCUGAGCGCAACUGCCGGAAACUGUCAAUGGGUAAAGUUCACUGGUCCCCACAAAUGCAGCAGAAAUGGGAUAGGCUGCACCUCUACCAGCUUUUGAUCUUGGGACAUAAAAAGGUCAGGACUAGUUCAAGGAAGGUCCGGCGCUUGUUGAAGAAGACAGGGCUGAGUGACGCAUGGAAAUUAUUGGAAGCUGACCUACAGGCAACGUGGUACCUUGAACACCAAGAAUACAAGGAGGUCAAGCGGAAGCGUGCCCAUCAGUGGCGCCUGAAGUACCUGGAGUCCCAAUCAGCAGCGGUCCAGAAAGCGAAGAAGGGCAACAUCAAGGCUCGCAGUCGACGGACUUGA